AUGUCUAGCGUAGAUGGUUGUAGUCAUCAGCGUCCUAUGCGAGCUUACCGCUGUCGCAGGUUUUAUGAACGAACUUUCCGUCCCUGCGUUGUAUUUCAUGUCAUUCUUGUUAUUUAUGUAGCGAUAGGAAUUUGUGUGUUCUACACAAUCGAAAGGCCAGAAUGGGACAGAAAUAUGAUUGAACUCGAGACUUUGAAAGAAUCUUUUAUCAGAGAACUCAGGACUGGAUGUGAACUAACUCAAGGAAACUGGAGCGACUUCGGUAGUGUUCAAUUUGACGAAAUGAAACACCAACUUGAGGAUAUAUUUAAACGCGGCAUGCGAUUGGAGCUCGGUUACAACUGGGAUGUUUGGUCGUCUAUGUUUUUUUGUCUCACGUUGUUGACAACAAUAGGGUAUGGUAAUAUUGUACCAGUUACUCAACUUGGAAAAAUCGCAUGUUCCAUCUACGCUCUUUUCGGAAUUCCAAUAUUUCUUGUGUUCCUGGCAAAAAGUGGUGACAUUGUUGCAAAUCCUUUGCGAAACUUACACCGCAAGUUGUUAAAAAGCAAAAACUCGUUUAAAAGUAUGAGAUGUUUUUACUUGCGACAAACUGGUAAGCAGGAUAUAGUCGAAUCAGAACAAACAGAGCAAGACGAUGUAUUGGAAAUACAAUCCUUGGACGCGGAAAGUGCUGCUAAAUUACCGAGAGAUAAAGAUAACGGCAACCCUUGCAUAGCUGACGAAAUGAUGAUUAAUUAUGGAACUGUUGAUCAUAAUGGUCAUAAUGGCGAAGCAUGUGCCAUUCAAAGGGUCACCGACGAUGAUGUGACAACGGAUAACACAGGAGGUGAAGAAAUUACUAUUCCUGUACCAAUUCUUCUUCUAAUUGUCAUAAUAUAUAUUUUAUUGAGUGCUAUAUUAUUCUCACAUGAGGAAAAUUGGACGUAUAUUGACGCAGUUUAUUUCUGCACGAUCACUUACACCACAGUCGGGUUUGGCGAUCUAGCACCAGCCUAUGACACUGAUAAUGCAUUCAGACAACAAGCUUUGCUUGCAAUGUUUGUCAUAUGUGGCCUAAUUCUGACUUCCGCUUGUAUUAACCUGGGCCAGGAUGCUUUACGAAAAACAUACGAGUUUGUUUUCAAUGAACAAAGAUGUAUGGGUAGUAUAAACAGACGAUCAGAGACUAGACGAUCAGAGGAUGAUGUGAAUCUAGCAUGGGUUUGA